UCCUCACUCAAUUUUCUGUCUUUUUUAAAUUUUCAUGGUGACCUUUUGGUACGUACAUACACAUGGAUGAUUCAAGAGUUAAUGAACUGUAACCACCCAAUUUGCAGGGCCAAGUAUUUCUCGCAAAAGCCGAUAGCAUAUUUCCUAUGGAAGUGAUACAAAUAUCCAUAUUAUCCUAUUAGCUACCAAAUUUCCGCCUCUAAGUGCUCAGUUUUAACCACAAUGCCUCCUCCCCAGCUCCUCUUCCUUCUCCUCCUUGCUCUCAGCCCUUUCCAAAAAGUUUCCGCUGUCGGAGUAAACUAUGGUACUCUCGGGAACAACCUCCCUUCACCAAAGAAAGUAGCUCAGCUCCUCCAGUCCACACUCAUCGACAAGGUUAAAAUCUACGACACCAACCCUGAAAUCCUUGAAGCCUUUUCCAACACUGGAAUAGACCUCAUUGUCGCUGUGGAGAACUACCACGUGGCAAACAUCAGCUCCGAUGUAUCAGCCGCGGACGAGUGGUUUGCCAACCGUGUGGUACCCUUCAUUCCCGCCACUUCUGUAGUAGCCAUUGCCGUAGGCAAUGAGUAUUUAACUACAGAUCCGGAUCAUUUGCGCCCAAAUAAUCUAGUUCAGGCCAUGCAGAACUUGCAUGCUGUGCUAGUAGCACGUGGGCUAGAUCGCAAAAUCAAGGUCACAACUCCACAUAGCAUGGCCAUUCUAGCUUCUUCAUUUCCCCCAUCAGCUUCCACUUUCGCCACUACCCUUAUGCCAACCAUGACCUCCAUUGUAGCGUUUUUAGCUGAAACUGGUUCUCCAUUCAUGGUCAAUGCCUAUCCAUAUUUCGCUUACAGAGACAACCCUGAUUCUGUUGAUCUACAGUAUGCUUUGCUGGGAAAUGCUACUGGGGUUCGUGAUCCUGCAGGAUACAUCUACAGCAAUAUGUUAGAUGCACAAAUUGACGCUGUUAGAUCAGCUGUUAAUUCAUUAGGUUUUGGAAAUCAGACGAUUGAUAUCACUGUAUCAGAAUCCGGUUGGCCAUCCAAGGGCGAUCCAGGCGAUACUGCAGCUACUCCAGAUAUUGCGAGGACUUAUAAUACAAGGUUAAUUGAACGUGCACAGUCCAAUAAAGGUACACCCAUGAAACCUAAGGAUAAUAUAGAGAUAUAUGUGUUCGCUUUGUUCAAUGAGAACAAAAAGGGUGGUGAUGUUAGUGAAAGGAAUUUUGGGAUAUUUAACGGAGAUGGUUCUAAAGUGUAUGAAGUGGAUUUGAGCUGCCAGUUCUGUAGCAAUGGAGGAACAUUUGAGUUUGGCGAGAAAGUGUCAAGUGGAGCAAGAGGUCCCUCAGUUUGGUGUGUGGCUAAGCCCCAUGCGGAUGAGAAGGUGCUUCAAGCAGUUCUUGACUUCUGCUGUGGACCAGGUGGAGUGGACUGCAGAGAGAUUUAUGAGAGCGGUGAUUGUUUUGCACCAGACAAGCUGCAUGCACAUGCAUCAUAUGCCAUGAACGCAUACUAUCAGAUGCAUGGAAGGAACUAUUGGAACUGUGACUUCAAGGGCACUGGACUUGUCACCUUCAGUGAUCCAAGUUAUGGUAAAUGCCGAUAUCCUCAGCAGUGACACAUAUAGCAAGAAGAGGCAGAGAAGCCAUAUACAUGGUUUGCUGCUAACUUUGUACUGUAUUCGAGUAUUGUUAGUAGAAGGACUGUAUCCUUGAUUAAUUUGGUCACUGCCAAGAAUAUAUUAAAAGAAAAGAAAAAGGUUGCUCUCA